AUGGCAAAACCUCUCAUCACGUCAGCCCCCAAGGGAGCAGACCGGGUUUUCGACAACCGUGAUCUGGAGCCUAAUUCCUAUUGCGCCCUUUGGUCGGGUGAAUUGGGAAGCAGUAAGACCACCUUCGCUGCCAGGAACAAUAUGUACAUCUGCUCCGAGGGUCCCUGCGCCAUCGCGACACAGUUUACACCAGCAGUUGCAUUUUGUGACGGUAUUCCUACAACUGCUAUAUAUGGCUACGGCAGCUGGCCCGUGGCGUCCGGACAAACCUGUGGCCCCUCCACAAGGUGCUGUCCGAGCCCAUAUACUACAACCAGGCAGUACAUCUAUGAUGGAGGGAGCACUGUCCUAUACGAUUGUGACACUGAACCAUCAACUUUGGCAGUUUCAACAGUUCUGGGCACACUGAGUCUAUCUCUCUCUGUUUACGACGGGCCAGUGGAUACUUCUGUGAUGACGUCGAUCUUGACAAAAAUAUCAUCCUCAUACUCGUCCUCGUCCCUUCAGCCAUCAUCUACACAGUCAUCACUCUCAGUUACUACACAGUCAUCACUCUCAGUUACUACCAGCCAACACUCUAGUGGACAUGGAGCCUCAACUGGCGCUAUCAUUGGCGGUGUGAUCGGUGGCCUUUGUGUUGUUGGGCUCAUUAUUCUUGGGGUCAUUAUUAUCCUGCGACGCAACCCUAAGGGGGUUAUAGCAGCUGCCAACCCAAGUCCAUUGUCCCCCCAGCAUGAUUCAGGCCCAAGAGAGACUUGGUACCCUGAAUUACAGCAAGAAGGGGUCCCCAGGCCCUUGGCUGAGCUUGAGGCUCAGCAAGGUGUUAUUAAGGUUGAUAACUAUGCUGCAAAAUAG